AUGGGGGAUACGAACCAGUCAGUGACCUCAGAGUUCAUUCUCGUGGGGAUCUUCAGUCACUCAGGGCCACACGAGCUCCUCUUCAUGCUGGUGAUUGCUGUGUUUAUCAUGGGCCUUCUGGGCAACACCAUCCUGCUUUUCCUCAUCCGAAUUGACUCCCGUCUCCACACACCCAUGUACUUUCUGCUCAGCCAACUAUCCAUGUUUGACAUUGGAUUCCCGCUGGUCACCAUCCCCAAGAUGGCUGCCAACUUCCUUCAGGAAGAGCCUUCCAUCUCCUUUGGGGGCUGCGCAGCUCAGAUAUUCUUCUUGACAAUGAUGGGUGUGGCUGAGGUUGUCCUGCUGGCCCUCAUGUCCUAUGACCGUUAUGUUGCUGUGUGCUACCCCCUUCAGUACCCCGUGCUCAUGAGACGCCAGGUGUACAUGCUCAUGGUGGGUGCCUCCUGGCUGGCAGGUGUGCUCAAUGCCUCUAUCCAGACCUCCAUCACCCUGCAUUUUCCCUACUGUGCAUCCCGCAUCGUGGACCACUUCUUCUGUGAGGUGCCUGCCCUGUUGAAACUCUCCUGUGCAGACACCUCUGCCUAUGAGCUGGCGCUGUCCACCUCUGGAGUGGUGAUUCUUGUGUUUCCUAUGUCCCUCAUUGCCACCUCCUAUGGCCACGUACUGGGGGCUGUUCUUCGCAUGCGCUCUGAUGAGGCUCGGCACAAGGCCAUCACCACUUGCUCCUCACACAUCACAGUGGUGGGGCUCUUUUAUGGUGCAGCUGUGUUCAUGUACAUGGUGCCUGGUGCCUACCACAGCUCACACCAGGACAAUGUGGUCUCUCUCUUCUACAGCCUUGUCACCCCCACACUCAACCCCAUUAUCUACAGCCUGAGGAAUCGGGAGGUGAGGAUGGCUUUAGUCAAAGUACUCAACAGAGCUAGGCUCAGACCAAAGUGA